GGUAUAUUCUCAGCGGCGUUAUAGAUAGUAUGUAAAUGUAACGAAUCAUGCAGAUAUCGUGACCUACAGCAGUGAAUAUCAGCCAAUGUUGUUAUCAAGUCACACCUCGCAGCAGGAAUACGAUAUUAAAUUACGAAGCACAAACAUUUUGACGUGAAGAAAGAACUGUAGCAUCACGUAUUAUGCCUGUUCAUUCGCCAGCAUUGCCAGGCUGCUUUCUUAUCAAGAUCAUAGUGCUGUUAAUAUGCAGCUUGAGUAUUCUAACCGUCGUCUGUGAUGAAUCGAUCGAAGGCAAAUGUGUUAGCCUUGCGAAUGGACAUUUUGACUUCUGCACAAAAGGUGGAUACAACAGCACGCUAUCAUUUCCCAAGGUAUUCACAGCGAAGCGUCAAGCCGAAGUCGCUGGUUUUUUGACGUUCAUGAUAGAGGAGUGGAGAAAUUGCUCAACUCUUAGUCUGGUCACAGCGAUGGAAUGUUCGUUCUUCGUGCCCAAGUGUAGCUCGAAGGGAACGCGCGUCUAUCCUUGCAGGCGAGUAUGCGGAGAGCUUUUGAAGCAGUGUCAGAAUGACACAAGUGACUACCGUGAACUCUACAUGGACUUGCUUCUAGCUUCGUGUUUGAUUCUACCAAAUGAAACAGCGAGUAGUGAGAAAUGUUUCGAGCCGCCUGGCUUCACUCCAAAUAACAACAUAUCGAGUAAGUUUGUAGAGUCUGUUUGUUUAUUUUAUCCACCAAAAUAAACCCAGUUCCAGGCGUUGAAAGCAACGGUGCAUUAAUGCCGGCGCAAAGCAACAGAAUGGGUAAAUAGUCCUCCUUCUUUUUUCCUCGCUUUACUACGCGUUCUCGUAUUUCAUUUUAACCCCGAGAACAAGCUGUUUUGUUUUUUUUAACUUCCUCUCCGACGUAAAAUAUGCAGGAGGUGGAUUGGUUCUGCUGAUAAUCUGACUGAGAGAGGGAGGAAAAGAUAUUGUCACGGAAAAAGCCUUGCAAAUGUUGGCAAGUUCAAGGCGAUGAAUCCCGAUGAAGACUGCUGUUAUAAAACUCGAAGUACAAUUUUAAACAAUUGUGUUUGCUUUACUUCACUUAAAGUUUCAAAGCUGACGUUUCGAGCGUUACCUCUCCGCUUAUUCGCUCUGACAAAAUGCUAACGCUCGAAACGUUAGCUUUAUGACUUUUCACGGUGGCCAAUUUACGUUAUCAACUCAGUUAAUAUAAAACCAAAUUAUCUUAGUUCUGAUGGAUCGCUGAUCGUCCUUUGUCAUUGUUUCGUUUUUGGCCUAACGAAAGUCAGUCGGUAUGCACUCUAAAAGCUGUUUGUUUAACUUUUUCGUUUUUCUUUGCUUUGACUGUAGGUCCUCUUGAUCGCGGCUGUCAAAACUUGAUCUUUCCCGCCUGCAAAAACCUGGGUUUUUACAAUCAUACCAUAUUUGCGGAGUCAGUUCAGAAGAAGUUUUACAAGAUCUUCCACAACAAGACAUAUGGCGACGGGCAAGAUUUAGAUCAAGAUUUUCCCUUUUUUGUGAGAAUGCAGGCGGCAAAGUUUCCGGAUUGCUCAACAGACAUCAAAAAGUUAUUCUGUGGAGACCUGUUCCCUCCAUGUUUUCCAGAGGAAGGGAGUCCCAAAUUAAAAACCUUGUGCAGAUCGGUUUGUGAUGAUAUUCAAAGGAAAUGUCCAGAUUUUUUCAGGUAAGCGUAUAUCUUAUAAGUGUUGUAGAAGUACAGGAGAGGCGUUCCCCUAAAGUUUGGAGCGCUGAGCUUUUUAUGGGGAGAUCCGAGUUAAGGCAACGGCAUGCUAAAAGGGGUGUGUUCCUGGAUGACACAGUUGGAUGACAUUGUGUCACAUCAGCCAAGAAUAUAAAUGAUAACUGGCGAACUGUUUGAAACAUCCCCAAACAAAACCCCCCUUUCCCCCCCCCCCCACACACCACACACACACACACACACACACACACACACACACACACACACACACACACACACACACACACACACACACACACACACACACACACACACACACACACACACACACACACACACACACACACACACCGGCGUUAAAUCAUGUCUAGUCCCGUAGGGUUUUUUUUUUCCAAGGUAAUGCUUAAUCGCAAUUGCGUCCGUGCUAUUGUUUCAGUGACAAUUUCAUGGGUGCAGAAAUAUGUGCCUUCCUAGCACCGGGUAACACGAGUCAUGGAUUUUGUGAUCACACAGACUGGCCUGAACCAUUUUCGUGGCUGAGGUAUUAUAAAGAAGGUGAGCCUUUAUUUAACAUUUACACCCUAACAUCAGUAUGCAUUUUCUACAUACUGUUCUCUACGUAUAUCCCGUUUAAUUAAUAAUCAAGACCUUCUUAAGUUAGUGAUCUUUUCCUUCAUCCCGGUGUGUUAUUCAGGGGUGAUAGUGUAGAGGACAAAUUAGAUGCUAAACACUCUUAGGGGUUCAAGGGUUUUCCUGAGUUUUGCUCUUUUGGCUUCUCAAAUAUUGUGCUAAUCAAAUUUAAUCAAACCCUUUGUUGUGGUAAGGUUUAUAUCAAGAGGAACCUGGAUAUUAGUUAUCUAACACAGUAAACAAUACUUUCUUUGUUGAAGAAUGUACCUUCAGUAUCAAGCUUGCGUGAUUUGUGGUUUUGUAUCCGCUUUGAGAAAUCAAGCGACAAGAGGCUUGAUUCGAAAUUUCGCCUUUUCUUUGGUCGAGCACACGAAAGACUAAAUACUGGAACAAAAAAGCCAAUGCUUUGUAAGCUUCUCGGGACAUAAAAUCAUAUUUUCAUUUUUCAUGGUUUAAUUACUACUCCCUGAACAAAUAAAAACUCGUCAAAAUUGCGACGAUUUCUGUGAAAUUCUAUGUCGCAUAGCAUAUUGGCAAUAAUUUAUUAUUAUUAAACUCUUUCACUCUUAGGAGUGACCAAGAGGUCAUUUUCCUAACAACAUGGAACGCAGGUGCACCAGCUUUUCGACUUGUUUUAGGAUCUGGAAGCGUACUAACCAAGUGCUUUAACGUUCACGUUAUGAUAUUUAUACAUGCUGUUUCUUUGUUGUUUAAGAACUCGACAGUAUGUCGUAAAGAAAGCUCAAUUUUUUUUUCAACAUUUUCAAGAGUCAUAUCGCUUAGGUGAAAAAAUAAACAAUGAUUCAACGCCAAAUUCUCAGAUCUGAUAUGCUAAGGAAUGAAUAACAGACAGUGGGGAGAGUUACUAUUUAGAUUUUGGGAGCAAAGGGCUAAUCAAAGAAUAGAUCGUUUUACAGAACCCAGCACAGAACCACCAUCAGUGGAACAUAUAGAUGAAGGACCCAAAGGGUGGGUCGUUGCCGUGGCUGUCCUGACAACCCUCAUUAUUGUUGCACUCGGACUGGCGGCGCUCAUCUGGUGGAAGUGGCGCGGAGUUACUCCUGCUAGCUGGCUAGGUUACAAAAGACAACAAGAUUUCACAACCGAAGAGUAGGAAUAAAUUGUUUAAGGAUUUCAUUUUCUUUUUUUUGCAACAUCAAAGUCUAUUAAAAUUACUUGCUGGAAAAAUAUAGACUCCUGGAAUAGUUUCGUGUGUCAGGGGCGGAUUCAGAGAGUUCCCCGGUCUCAUUUUCAGACUAACUUUUGCUUUGUGAUGUUAGUUCUUUUUAUUUAUGUUUUAUAUCUGUUAUAAGUUUUUAAUGAGGUUUGAAUCAAAAUGUUCCAGUUUAUUCUUUCUAAAACGGCCUCGAUCUUAUCUAACCC